AUGACCGAGCCACAGCCGACCAUCCCCUCUUCCCUCGAGCGGUAUGCGAUCGACUGGUCACCCGCAGGAUACCUCGGAGCAGGCGCGUACGGCACGAUCUACAAGGGGAUAGAUAAGGAGACGGGCAAACCUGUUGCUCUCAAGGCUGUCGGCAUUUCAGGCGUUUUCAACCAUCUGGUGCUGCGUGAAGUGACCUUACUCGCAUACCUGGCUCAGGUUACGGCUGGCGGCCAGCCUUUUAAGAAUCCUGCAAUCGAUCUUAUCUCGAGCUUCAAAUUACGACUCGAUGAUACAACGAAAGACUUACCCUUUGCGAAGCAUUUCGAGAACUGCUCUUCGCUAAUCUGCCUUGUCACUCCGCUCUAUCCACACGACUGUGAAAGGUUCCGAACGUACAACUUAGUAAGCAGCUUUACACUGUCCCAGAUGGUGUUCUUCUGGCACUCUGUGGUUACUUGUCUUCGGAACCUUCACAGACUGGGGAUCGCACACAGAGACGUCAAGCCGUCGAACAUUCUUCUGGAUGGCAACGGCUCUGCUUUUCUUGCAGACCUGGGGAUGGCUAAAUAUUGUGUUUAUUCCUCUCCAAGUGCUUCUGCUAACUACGCUGAGCCUGAGGUUCUUUCCGCCGAUCACUACUCCCCCAUUUCAACGGGAACAACGUGCACCCUCGUGUACAGGGCGCCUGAAUCGACGCUCAGAUGCUAUGAUUUCCUUUCUACUAAUGGUUCCCUCUUUGACCGACAAGAAAGUGUAACACCCACGUCUCUUGAUGCUUUGGGAGAUGUGUAUUCACUGGGGUUGACUCUUCUAGAAUCAAUCAUAUCUCGAGUUGUGUUCUUUCUUCCACUAGAGCAUGACAACCCUCGCACAAAUAAUAACUCUAGCCCCUCCAACCCAAAACCGCCCAGACAAGAUGCCUCGCAAAAACACAAUGUUUAUUUGUUCAGAAUGCGCAUGCUCUUCAUUCAAACAUAUAAGAAACAAAUUUAUGAUCUUUUUCUUUCGUACUGUAUGGUUUGUGGGUAUACGUUAUCGCCGAACACUACCGCUGACGCUUUCAGAGCCAAAGUCAAUCUCCAUCUACACAAUCUGCUUGAACCUAAUUCCGAUGACCACUCAGGCAGCCUUUCUCCCGAGAUAGAGAAUAUUCUUACGGAGGAAGGGCCCGAUCUGAUUGAUUUCGUGAGUUGCUGCAUAAAGAUUAGAUUCGGACACGAGACAGGUAGAGAAACAGAGCUGAUGGAGUUUGCAAGAAUUGUGGGGAACUGCUUGUCCCUAUCUCUAACUGAGCGUUCAACAACAGCCCAGCUAUCCAGCUUGAAGCUCUUUAGAGGAGAUAAGGCGCAUGCACAACAUGUCCUGGGAGAUUGCAGCACUCUUGGUGCAGAUGGAGCAAGAUUGAAACUGGAUUACGCUGCCCUGUGCUCUUGCCUUGGCACUUCCAAGUUCGUGCAGAAUCUUCGGCGCUACUUGCCUACGAAUGAAGUGGAAGAAGUUGCCAAGCAGCUGCAGGGGAGACUUGCCACUCCAUCCUCACUACUGUUAUUAUUCGAAGAUGCUAAGAUUUCGGAAAAGGUUUUCAAUUUUGUGACACCGGGUACUGUAGAAGGUAGAGCCAAGGGCAUCAAAAGAUAG